CCACCCACAUCCUUCAUCGCCGUCCUCUCUCUCUGUCUGCACCUAAUCCAGCGCCAAGAGUUUGUUUCCAGAGAAUCAUCAGACAUGCAGGAAGCGCUCGUCUCUCCGGCCAACGCCGACCGCCUCCGCUCGGCCUUCGAGCUGAAGCCGUACGCCUUCGGGGACCAGCGGCUCUCUUCCUCGCCGCGCUACCUCCCGAGCGGCGACGAUGGCCUGUACCGCUGCUCCUCCCCAUUCAGCCCCAGCCUGGGCUUCUCCUCGCCGUCGCCUCUCGCCACGUCCGUCUCGCUCUCGCCGUCCUCAUCCGGCUCCCUCGUCGACGACGGCGACUACGACGGCGCGGCUGCCGCCGACGCCACCGGCCACCGGCUCCAGCUGGCGCGGCUCGCGCUGCAGUACCAGGAGGUGGCCGAUCGCUACGAGAUGUGCCUCUCCCACCUCGCCGAGGCCGUCGACGAGGCGGCGGUCCUCCGCCGCGAGAAUACCGAGCUGCGCGUGGCCAACAGCGACCUCGCGCGCCGCGUCGCGCUGCUCGGUGGCAAGGAGACCGCCGCCGUCGUCAUCGCCGACGAGAUACGCCGUUUCCGCCUCGGCGAGCACAAGGCCUCUAAGCAGCGCGCGCCCGAGAAGCUCGCCGUGCUGCCCAAGAGCAUCUCCGUCCGUUCGAAUGACUACCUCAAGAUGAACCAGGCCGCCCCGGCAGCCGCCACGCCGCCCGCAUACAGCCGCAAGCCUCGCGCGGCCAACGUUAACCCGAGCCCAGUGACGCAGCGCGCGUACCUGGGACUGGGAGUGGACGGCGGCAAGAAAGGCGAGGAGCACAAGGCUAAGCAAGACGCGGCGGGGGAGCUGGACGUGUACAACCAGGGCAUGUUCAAGACGGAGCUGUGCAACAAGUGGGAAGAGACGGGGGCGUGCCCCUACGGCGACCAGUGCCAGUUCGCGCACGGCGUCUCCGAGCUCCGCCCCGUCAUCCGCCACCCGCGGUACAAGACCGAGGUCUGCCGCAUGGUGCUCAACGGCGAAGUCUGCCCCUACGGCCACCGCUGCCACUUCCGCCACUCGCUCACGGCCGCCGAGCGCCUCCUCCGCAGCCGUUGAGGCCGGGUGCACGUCUCUUCCGCCAGAGUCUGAACCCCUUUUUUACCGUCUCAAAUCAAGCCUGCGCAUACACGGGAAAAAUGUACAAAAAUACCAACGGCGUAAAUAAGAUAUGUAUGUAUUAUAUAUAACUACGUAUAAUAUAAGAACGUAAAUGAUACCGAACGGUAGAGUUAGCGCCCAGCAGCCCAGGCAAUGUGAAUACUCAGUGACAUGUUCAUAUAUGUAUUAUAUAUGUCGUCGGUGUUGCUUUUAGGUGACAAUUUGUCUCUAAAUGUGUUUUUCGAGGGAACGGGGAAGAUCGACAUGAUACAAUAAAGUCAGUGCUCUACGACCAGCAGUAGAUCUUGUAUAGCAGCUCUAUUGCUCUCUUCAGAUUGCUCUUCCGUUUUUCCUUCGUAAUGUCAGUGGAUUUUUGCAGUAUAUAUAAGUUGGCAUCUUUCUCAGUUCCAAGUUCCAACACAAAUUCCUGAUUUGUCCCCAAAAACUCUGUUGUGUGAAAUCUUAACUGUUGAUUAGUGGAUAAUUGU